UUCGCCUUCCCCGGCGUGUUUACAUCAAUGCACCAGCCAAGUGGGAUACGGGGCUGGUGGAAGUUGGGGUGUCCCCAUAAAGCAGCCGGGUCUGGCGCUAGUGGGGUUAUUUUUUGGUUUCUUCUGGUUUUGGGGGGGCAAAUUAUGUUGGUUUUAUUGUUUUUCCUCAGGAGCUUCAGGGCUUCUUUCCCCUGCGCCAGGGCAGCCGGGCGUCCCACCAUCCCCAGCUGUGGGUUUGUGUCUGCAUCCCCCCUCCCCACCUGGGAUGACCCUGAGGUGCCCCCAAAAAACGGGUGCUGAGUCCUGGGGUGGCCGUGACCAGGCAAAGCUCCCGUGGCAACCAGGAGAAACUCGUCAGGCAAAGGCUGUAACGAAGCUCCCAUGUGGCUCUCACGGGGACAACCGGGGGAAUUUCCAUGCAGGCAGCGGAGGCUGGAUCCAGGUCCCCCUGAUGAUGAAGAGGAGCGGGAUGUGCUGGUGGCUCGUCACUGUCCUGGGGGUGCUGAGCGGAGCCAGCGCGGGGGCUGCGGGCUGUGGUGCUGCCGGCGCGGACGGGACGCCGGGAUGCCUGCCUGGGGAGGAGCCCGCGGGGGCCUGCGGCUCGGCGCAGGGGCCCGUGGGGACGUGCCGAGCUUGUCCCCCCGGCACCUUCUCGCCGGGGAACGUAUCCUGCUCCGCUCACACCCGCUGCCGGGCCGGGAACAGGAUCCUGGUGGCACCGGGGACGGCGGUGACCGACAGCCGCUGCGGAGCCUGCCUGCCGGGGUUUUACAGCCCUGAAGGGGAGAGGGAGCCCCGGGGCCGGUGCUUGCCCUGUGCCGUAGCUCCCCACAGCACCUCGGGGUGCCCAGGCCGGCGGCGAGCCCGCAGCCCUGACACCCCGGGCUGGCCGGUGAGGACCAAUGGCACACGGGUGGCCUUGAUGGGGGAUGAAGAGGAGGAAGACGAGGCGGCGGCAGCGCAGGCAGCCGUGCUGACCAUCGUCCCCAUCUUCUGUGCCAUGGGCUUGUUGGGCAUCCUGGUCUGCAACCUGCUGAAGAGGAAGGGCUACCACUGCACUGCCAGCAAGGACCCCCAGCCCGGCGGCACCGGUCCCAGCUCCAUCUACCAGCUGGAGGAUGCCAACGAGGACACCAUCGGGGUGCUGGUGAGGUUGAUCACCGAGAAGAAAGAAAACGCUGCGGCACUGGAGGAGCUGCUGAAGGAACAUCACGGCCAACAGCUGAUGCCACCGGGCUGCGUCCCCCCAAAUAAGUAAGGACCCUCCCCCCAAGAUUG